AUGGCAACAUCCGCCUUCACCCAUAGACAUGACGCUCCGGAGGUAGUGAGGCUUCAACGGAAGGUCUUUCAUGAAAAGGUGACGACGAGCAAGGAAGUGAGAUUGCAGUGGCUGCCAUAUGAAGAACUUGACCGACUUAUCGAAGCCUUGCCCCAUUUUCAGGAGCUCCGGGUCUUCCGGCUGAACCAUUUCCAAGCCACUAUGGCGCAGCUCGAAGCCUUGGGCCAG